GGCAUGCUGGGCUCAGUCUGCGCUCUAGUGCCUGGACUUCAUGAAAGAUGUGUCUUCACUGAUUUGUUUUAUCAGAACUGAAACGUCUUGACAAAGCAGUAUAGCUUGUGUGCAGCAAGGUGGGAAACUGCUGGUGGAGAGCCAUCUGGCUUACGAAAUGUACUGAGGACUGUGUCUGAGGUGUGACGACAGGAGAACUGUGCUGGAGACAAGCAGGUUGAAGCAGCACUCUGAAUGCUGGUGGGUCAGCCUAGACAACCACCCCGCUGCUGCUGUUGAGCACUGUGCUAGCUCUCGUGGGAAGUCUCUGCCAAACUGGGACCUAGCGGGUGUCCAUGUGUGUGGCUCUGCUCCAUGUCAAUGCUUGUUGGCCUGUGAUUCAGGCACCUGCAGAGAAGCAGUUUGGUCAGUCCUCUGCCAGUGGCUCUCACCUGUUUUAGUUGCUAGUCCAUGUUAAAACAUCGUUACAUAUCAGACUGCCAUUUAAAGGAAAGCAAAGUAGAUCUUUGCGUUUCUUCUCUAGCAGGAGUGCUGUGGUAAGGAGCUCAGGGUCCCUCAUCCCCGCUGCUCUUCCUUGCACGGCAGGGCUGUAUGGUAAGCCAAGGCACAGGAGAAACAUCUGGAGCCCUUCCCUGCUCUCAGAUCUUACUGUGUGGCCACACAAGGAGUUGUGCUGCCAUAACAGCAGGAAAAACCUGAGACUGUAUGGGUGUUUCACAGACCUUCCCUCUUGCACCAUCACAGCACAGCCCGAUGGGUUCAGAUUAACAUCAAUAGCCAGGAGCUUUGGGAAGACAUGCUGUGUCUCAAAGGACUCAUCGUUGUUGAUGUGUUUCAAGCCUGGUGUGGUCCAUGCAAAACAGUAGUGGAUCUUUUCCGCAAAAUAAGGAAUGAAGUUGGCAGUGACCUCCUGCAUUUUGCUGUGGCUGAAGCUGAUUCCAUUGAUGCUCUGGAAAAAUACAGAGGAAAAUGCGAGCCUGUCUUUCUGUUUUACACAGGAGGAGAGUUGGUAGCUGUUGUUAGAGGAGCGAAUGCCCCGUUGCUGCAGAAGACCAUCUUGGAACAGCUGGCUGUGGAAAGGAAGGUUUUAGAGCAUGGAGGAGAUCGCAUGGUGGUAAAUCGGUCACUGAACUCUGAAAUACCUGUACGUGUGUGUGCCAGAGGAAAGGUUCAGCUCCCCACUGCCAGCAGAGCUCUCAGACAUGGAUACUUCAUUACCAAAAUCCUGUCCUCUUGUCUGGACUGGCUCUCAAAUCUGGGGAGUGCUGCUUGAGUGUCUGCUAGGCUGUGGAGCCUUCCUACAGGGGCAGGCUGGAAAGGGGGACUGUGUUUCUGAAAAUCUCUGUCCUCUUGAUAAGAGCAAAGUAGUGCAUAUCAUCCAGCUCUGCAGGAUGAAAGAGAAACUCCAUGGUGCUCACUCUUGACUUGUUCUUUUACCACAAGUGUUUAAGGAAUAAAAUAAUCUUACCUUCCUAGGUGGUUUUGAAUUCCGGGGUCUCUAGCAGGCCUCUGUGAUGGCAUUUCUCAGGCUGAGGUGGGGAAAGGUUCGCUGCAGUCAUUUUUGUUUCUUAGUGUGACUGAUGCAGUGGCUGGAGCCUUUCUGCCUGGAGCACCUUCCCGGAGCUCAGCUCAUCUUUCUCCACAGUCCUGGGACCUGAUGGACUCUGAGUUCUGCUGUGUGCAAUCAGUCUGCCUUUCAGCAGCUCUGAAGUACAGCCGGACAGUCCUCACAGCUGAAACUAUAGACAGCCCCAAGGCUGCCCUUCCCUUCCCAGCCCCACUGCUGUAGGGACUGUCUUUUUGUGUGCACUGUCCUGAGUGGGACUUCUGACCUGGUGGCAUUUUUGAGGAACAAAAAUGACUUUCCUGCUAGUCAUAUGGCAUCCUUGAAGCACAGAUGAUGGUGUGUUGGUAACUGCAAGCUCCCUCUUCUGAGCAGCCCUUUCUGGUGAUGUUGCGUGGCCUGGGUCUGGGAAUGCUUUUCCCCCAGCUUUUACUAGUGAACUGACUCAGAGCUCAGAAGGUGACCCUGGACAGGCAGAUCCUCUGUUCUCGCCGCUGAGCUGAUGGACACCUGGAGAACUGGUUCCUGCUCAGGUGGAGGUAGAGAGUGAGGACCUGUCUGGCAGAUGCUCACCUAGAGGGGAAGGGGGCACUUGGGAUGUUCUUGUUCAUCCACGUGCUCUUGCUGCUAGGUACAAGACAGAGCCUUCUCCAAAGAGAAGGGGAACGUGGCUGCUGUUCAGGUUGAAUACUGGGCAAGCUGAGCAGGUAAGGAAGGCACAGCUGUAGGAUGCUCUUUGUGCCCUUAGCAUGAGCCUUUGCUAAAGCUGGGAUCCUAAACGAUGAUUAACUGCUGUGGCUAUUUGGACACGAGAGGGGCUGUUCCUCCCAUCAGGCACAACAGGGGCUGUGCCCUCAGCCUCUGACACGUCAGGACACAGGGAAUGUCACCCUGAAGCAGUGUGUGUAGGCAAGCAAGUAAGAGACAACGGUAGCUGGGGUGUCUGACCUCCAUAAACUCUUAAGAUUUGUCCUUCCACAUGUGUUUUAUUUCACAGUUAUCAGUUCUGACCCCUUCCCAUGCCUCCUAGCUGGGUGGGGGUCUUCUACUUUGAGUAACUGAAACACUUCAGCUUUUCCAGCUGGCUUUUAAAAGAAAGCACAAACACUUGGACACCAAACCUUGUUACGCCACCUCUUCCCUUGUCCAAAAUUAGUCACGUAUUCCCAAAGGCUUUUGCCUCUCACCCAGACCCAGUCUGUCUCCUACAGUGACGCUUUGUCCUGGCUGUGCUGGAUGCAGCUGCACGUCUGUGCACGCCAAAUCGUGGGCCCCAAAACGCUGGGAACUGCAACAACCCCUGCUUGGCCUUAGCGAAGGGGCUGUGGGGCUGGAAGGGAGCAGAGCACGCUGACCUCUGUCUCAUUGUUUUACCUAUUAUGAAUUAUUCCCCUUUUUCCUUGCCAGGCUGACACAUCCAUCGGUCCUGGGCCUGGUUUCUGAGCUGUCGUCAAGGAGCAAGUCGGGGAAUUGGCAUGAAAUAAAAGGAUUUUGUGUGGUAGCACUGCUGGCUCUCUCCCUCUGUCCCUCUGUCCCUCCAUCCCCCCUCUCCCUCUAUCCUCCCGUCC